UUUCAAAUAAAAAAUACAAGUUGCCCAGCUUACCUCCGGUCCACUAUUAGGGAAGUGGGUUUGCGUCCAGACCCGAGCAACCUUCCCCAUUGAUUAUAGUAUAACGUAAAAUCUAUAAUUCAUGAGUAGUGAAUAUGACAUAAAGGAACCAACCAUUACGAUCGGCUCUAUUAAAUCGGGCUUGCCACGUCUGGUUUUCUUUUAACACUGAUUUGAGGUUAGCCCCUAUUGGCAUCAUGCUUUCUCGCUCACCUCCGAAACUCAUCAACCUUAUGCGCGGAUGGCCAGCCCCAUCCCUCCUCGCGCCGAAUCUAUUAACAUCAGCCGCACAAAGUGUUCUUUCCAACCCGGCCACUUUCAUCCCCGCGCUACAGUAUGGCCCCGAUCCAGGUUACCAACCAUUGCGCGAGGCGUUAGCACAAUGGCUUGGGCGACACUUCAAUGUGAAACCUGACCCAGAGCGUAUCUGCAUCUCAGGAGGCGCGAGCCAAAAUAUCGCAUGUAUUCUACAGAGUUUCACCGAUCCGGAGUAUACGAGAGCUAUAUGGAUGAUAGCGCCAUGUUAUCAUCUUGCCUUUGACAUAUUCAAAGAUGCUGGGUUCGCAGGGCGACUGAGAGCCUUUCCGGAGGAUGAUGAAGGAGUUGAUCUGAAGGCGCUUGAAGAGGGGAUUCGAAAAUUGAAUGAGGAAGAGGAAGAGAAAGAUAAACCGCCAGGGAGAACAUACAAAGACCCCGGAAAGCACCGAAAACAUUAUCGGCAUAUCAUCUACGUGGUUCCUACAUGCGCCAAUCCCUCAGGUAAAACAAUGUCUCUCCGACGGCGCCGUGGUCUUGUUGAACUUGCAAGAAAAUACGACGCACUCAUCAUCUGCGACGAUGUCUACGAUUUCUUACAGUGGCCCUUGGAUGGAAACCUCACUCCUCCCUCUGAAUGGCCCCCUGAGAUGAAACUUCCCCGCCUGUGUGACGUCGACCUUGCCAUGGGCCAAGCUAAGGAUGAUCCUCAUGGUUUUGGUUACGCUGUCAGUAAUGGGACAUUCAGCAAGAUGGUCGGUCCCGGAAUUCGCACCGGGUGGGUAGAAGGCUCACCAUCCUUUGCUUUCGGCCUGGCGCAGACGGGAUCGACUAAAUCCGGUGGUUCACCAAGCCAACUUUGCGCUGCGAUGAUGUCAAAGUUGGUCCGAAGCGGGGAGCUGGAAGACUAUCUUGAGAAAUUUGUACGACCGGCGUUGCAGAGGAGGCAUAAGAUUAUGGUAGAUGCUAUUCAUAAGUAUCUAACACCUCACGGUUUACGAUUUCAUGAAACGGGGUUACUAGGCACGGAUGCGUGUGGUGGAUACUUCAUAUGGCUGACGCUUGAGGAAGGUAUCUCGGCUAGAGUGGUAGCAGACGCCGCCCUACGAGAGGAGAAUUUGAUUGUUGCAAGUGGAGACAUUUUUGAGGUUCCUGGUAACGAGGAAAGCUUCAAUUUUGACUAUGCGAUUAGGCUUACGUUUUCCUGGGAGUCCGAAGAAGAUUUGUUGGAGGGUGUAAGGAGAUUAGGGGCUGUCAUCGAGAGGGUCAAGCAGGACCCAGCCCGAUAUCAGGAAUUAGCCCGCCAGGGACGCGACGACAACUUAAUAGAUAAUAGUAAAUAAAAUCUUAGUAUUGUGCCUUAUCGGGUAGUCUCCGACCUAAAUAACCGACGCGGUUUUAGUGUCUCUUGGGAUAUAUCUCGAAUUGGUAUCUCCACU